CAUCAGCAUAAAGGUUUGAGACGCACUGUUGAAAUUGUUGAAUUGUUUCAUUUUGUAUAAAAAUUAAGAAAAUUGCCAAUGUUCUGGACACCAGAGCAAGUGGAGAGCAUGCUGGAAGUGCUAAAGACCUCCACGGAUCGAACAGUCAUUUACAAAUGCCUCGUGAAGCUGCGCACCGAUCUGGUGAAGGAUAAAAAUGGCAUUGUUUUAUUUCGCACUGCUGGGGGCGUUCACAUCAUGGUGCGCCUGAUCACCAAGCUGAAUGAAAAGAUAAUGGAGGUGGUAUUGAGCAUAUUGGGGAACUGCUGCACCGACGAACAGGCCUGCAUUGAGGCCGUUGAAUGCAAGGUGAUUCCUCCGCUGGUGACCAUUCUGAAGACCAUACCAAAUCCGCUGAUCCAAUGUCGCGCAUGCCGGAUGCUUGGAAACAUCGCCAAGAGCAAGAAGGCGUCCCAGUAUCUCAACGUGCACUAUGCGGCCAUUGCGCCGGCUAUCUGCCACAUCAUUGAGUCCACCAGUGCCGUGCAGACCCGCAUCAUGGCAUUCCGCGUUUGCCGCUUCCUGCUGGCCAGCAGCCAGUUUUUAAAGCACUUCCUCAUGGCCAAUGGGUUCCAGCAGCUGAUGCGCAUUUUUCUGGCCGUAAUGAAGAACGACGAGGCGCCCAAGGAGCCCGUUCCGGACAUCGAGAUGUCCACGCUGAUUGGCCUGAAGAGAAACCAGCACCGCGAGAAGUAUUUCGAGGAGGUGGCCCGGAAUUUGGAGGGUGUACGCAGUGACAUCUUCGACCACCAGAUGCUCAAGAACUCCACAAGGAACUGUGACUACGCGCUGCCCAAGGAAAAUGAGGCGGCCGUUGAGCUGGCCCUCGAGAUUUUGAAGUGUCUGGUCCUGAUCUCAGCUCAGCAGAUUGGACUGAAAGCUUGGGAGUCAAUUUCUUGGAAUACCUCGCUCGCCUCCAUUGUGUGCUUCGUGAAGGAGGAAAGCGACCAGCGGGCCUCUGCCUUGAAAAUUCUUUCGAACUUCUGCAAGGAUCCUUUCGCCUUCUACAUGCUGAGCACUGCGGAUGCCAUUGUUGCUGCCUGCGAGAUGCUCAUGGCCGUGAAUAUGGCAAAGCCACUUAGCGAAAGCGAGAGCAGGCACUGCAUCAAUAUCAUUUUGACCCUAUCCACCGAUGCCUGCAGCCGCUCGAAGAUCCGGAGAUGUGGAGCACUGCGUAAGCUGGUGGCCAUGAUUCGGGACUCCAACUCGCAAAGCGAGCGAUCUUCGCUAUUCCACAUUCUUUACAACUUUCAAUAUGAUAACUUGAGCAUGGAACUUAUGCUUUAUGAAGGACUAGUGCCCAUGUUGGUGAGGGAACUAAACGACUACCUGACCAGCGACGAUGAGCAUCACAAACGUCGGCGAGACGAGAGACUACAAGGUGGCAAAAAAAGAAAAAUGACGGAUCCCACAACGCCAGAGACCCUGAGCAAGUUCUCAAAAACCCACGAGACCUUAGGUUCGGACUUUGAAUCGCCGAGCAGUUCACCCAGAUCUUAUCGCACAACCAGUCCCUGCAGUUCGCGCAGCAUGUCUCCGGUGUGCAAAGAUCUGCUGACGAAUGAUGACGACGACAACUAUUCACCGGCAUGCAGUGAUGAUGACGAAGAUGAGGAUGAUAGCACAAAUAAUAGCAAUGGAGACACACGAGAGCGUCGCAUUGCCGCCAAUCGUCCCCAGCCGUCCAAUGUUUUGGAUAUACUGAAACUAAUCGAGGAGGGCAGCGAACCCAUUGACGAUCCGCUGUCCGACAAAGAGGAUCUCGAGGAACUGAGCUCGGAUGUGCCACCGAAACUAGCCCAGUUCCGCAAUCACGCAUGCAACACCAUCGACAUAAUUGAAAACCUUAUCUAUCGCAUUACGCUGAUGGUGAACAAGCGGGUGGAGCUGGGAAAGCCGGAGACACUGGAUACUCUGAUAAGAGCAAUCAAAUUGUUUGGGGCUAACAAUAAUUUCUCAAACGCCCUGACAAAUAUUCUACUGGAGAGCCAGUUCUUUGCCCACAUAAUAAAACAUGGCGUGGUCCAUCAACUGUACCAGUUUACCAAGAUGAAGGAGAUUCGCAAAGACGGCUUCGCCUUCCUGGAGACGUUAACCAAUGUGGGAGAAUCAAAUUAUGGCAAGGAGGAGCUAGUGCGUCUCCUGCGCUGCGACGAUGUGAUAUCCCAACAGAGAGCCGCCAUUUCGGUGGCCUACAUCGUGAAAAGCCAUCGCUUGCUCUACCAGUUCCUCUACGACGGCAAUGCGCUGAAUUUGCUAUUCGACAUGAUGCUGCGCAAAAAGACCGAUGAUCACUACGCAGAUGAGGCGGCGGAUGCAGUGACAUCGAUGGCGCGGUAUACCCUGGGCAUCGUUCUCCCAGAAGCCAAACCAGCGGAAAGCACAGCUGGAAUUUGCAACCAACGGGCCAGUGAAUCCGCUCCUCUGCACGCCAACUGCGACAUGCGAUUCCUUGUUGGUCAUGGAGCGGAUGCCACCACCAUUGGGUUCAACAAGCAGCUGCUCUGCGAGACUAGCGAAGUGUUUAACAAGAUGCUCAACAGUGAUUUCCGCGAGGGUCACGCCGGCGAGAUUCAGCUGCAGGAUUACACGGCCAGUGGACUGCGCUACUUUCUGCAUUUAAUCGUGUGCCAGGAGCGGCACCUGACCGAGCCGGAUUACCCAGCCCUGCUGCAGGCCUACGAGAUGGCCCGCGUGUACAUCAUGCCCGAUAUGGAGGUGGUACUGCAGCAAAGACUCAUCCAGUUCCUGGACUCACACAACUGCCUGCGCCUGCUCGAGUGGGCGCUGAAGAACUACCAUGCCGACCUGACGGAGACUGCCAUCAGCUAUUAUCUCUGCUCCUCGCUGCCGACGCAAGAAAAGCUACAGCUGUUCCGGGCGGCGGAGGACUCCACCUAUGCCAGCGAGUGGUUCCAGCUGAUCAACGAUUCGGUGUUCGAGCGCUGCCGCGGCUAUGUCUACUAGAAACCACCACCACCAGUUGCUUACUGUGAUCACAUGUUGGCGUUUUCCAUGGAUUCCCUGGAUUCAGCUCGAUUUAUUUGCCACAGCCCUUAGCCAAGUAUUCCAAAUGUGCUACAAUGUAUAUGUAAAAUGUAUAGACUACGGAUUAAUCUAAA